CCCCUUCACUGUUUUUUAGGCAUGAACGCCGAGACCUGCGUUUCAUACAGCGAUAUGACAUCCAUGGAUUCAUAUUAUAGCCCCUCUGCAGCGCAAGGUAGGGAUCACCAGACGGACCACUUUAGGACAUUCCCAGCCUCUGACACUAAAUACAGCCCCACUGCCUUCCUGCCCAACAAAGGUCAGGCUUACGGAGAAAAGUCCCGGAGCCCCUUCCAGCAGGAGUGCCAGUCAUUGGAUGCCGCCGCAGCUGGGCAAGGCACUUUCAGCAAAUACCACCUCUUCAUGCAGAGGUCUUCUUGCAAAACACCCCCCGAGGAGAGCAAACUGCACCAGGAGAGUGGACACAACGGAGCGCUCAUCCCCUGCUAUGGUAAAGACAGUUCAGGCCUGACAGACUCUGACUUGGCACCGGACUCCGACCCACCUGGAAUGGACACCAGCUACCUGUCUGUGAAGGAUCAGGGCGUGAAGGCGGCCUCUGAUCGGCCACCGGGCACAGACUUGUCGAGCCCUCUGGACAAGGGUGAUGGCGGCGAGAGCAACAAGGGCAAAAAGAGGCGCAACCGCACAACCUUUACAAGCUACCAACUGGAAGAGCUGGAGAAGGUUUUCCAAAAGACGCACUAUCCUGACGUUUACGCCCGGGAGCAGCUUGCACUGAGGACUGACCUGACUGAAGCCCGUGUGCAGGUGUGGUUUCAAAAUCGAAGGGCAAAAUGGAGGAAAAGAGAACGUUUUGGUCAGAUGCAGCAGGUCCGGACACACUUCUCAACAGCCUACGAGCUGCCUCUUCUGACGCGUCCUGAGAACUACGCACAGAUUCAGAACCCCUCUUGGAUCGGUGGCGGCAGCGCAGCAUCUCCCGUGCCGGGCUGCGUUGUGCCCUGCGACACUGUGACCCCCUGUAUGACACCUCACCCCCACUCUGCCAGCGGGAUGUCUGAUUUUCUGGGUGUCCCAAGCCCCGGAGGUCACGUGGGACAGGCUCACAUGGGCAGCCUGUUUGGAGGACCUCCUGGCAUGGCUACAGGCAUCAACACGUACGAUCUGAACAUGGAUCCUGACCGCAAGUCCUCCAGUAUUGCCGCUUUGCGCAUGAAGGCCAAAGAGCACAGUGCAGCCAUAUCCUGGGCCACAUGAUGUGUUGAUACCCGCUGGAUAGGGGACCUUGUUGACCCCUGAAAUGUCCAUACAAACCCAGCAUGGGGUGAGGGGGCACUAUGAUGAAAAACUCUAGAGGCAACAGUGACUACCUUCAUAAAUGUUGCAAUAAAAUAAUUAUGCAAAUACACGGAUGGGUGAAGAUUACUCCAAGAGAGAACAACAAGAGAUUUGUCCAGAUAAGUGGCGUGGCACUGCCAUGUUUCUCAACCCCUCAGAGUGGGCGAGGAGCUUUGUGGGAAGCCUGGUGAGAGGUGAUGCUGUACUGUAUAACAGGAGUUGCAGUGUAGUUCAGAUGAUAGGCGAAAGAAAAUGAUUUCAAACAAAUCCAUGCACUUAUUUGCUAAAUUACAGGAGAUUCUGUUUGUACAGUGCUUUCGGCGUCAUUGUAGUUCUCUGUUCAGGUGCUGUUUUAUUCUUACCUUAUUAUUUAAAUUUUGACUGUUAUUGUUUUGUUAUUUUUGCCUCCAGUUGUUUCGUUACUGGUUUUCAUUUGAAAAAUAGUUCAGCAAGCAUCCUUAAAAAACUGAAAUUAUAAUUUAGUUGUUAUAUGCCAUGUACAUAUUAUUCUAAGGCAAUCUUUUUCAGCGUUAGCACAUGCAGAUGUGUGCACCUUCAGUCACACUGUUAUGAUAGUGCUACAGAAAACUGUUUAUAUCCAGCAUAUCUGUCACAUUAUGAAGCUUCUCGGAUUCAAUGCAAACAUUUCAGUUCCUAAAAAAAGUUAAAAGUGGCUCUAAUCUCUAGCAUUUAAAAGUCAAAGAGAUGAAAUGUGGUUUGUUUUAGUGUGGUCAGGGUGAGAGAUCCACCUGCCGCACUGACUCAGCCUGCUGAUGGCCAGAGAGAGGAAGGGAUGGAGGAGGAAGUGGUAUGUGGGAGUAUGAGAGGGGCACAGCAGGCCUGCUGCUCUCAGGGCUGAAGAGCCUGGGAGCGCCAGCCUCCAAAACAGAGCCAGCUCUGUUUUCAGGAGGACAGACUCCAAGUGGACAUGACUGUGCCCCUUUGCAUUUCCAGUCUCAGGAGUUUCAGAGGGAGAAGUGCCUACUAGUCAGUCAUUCUGCCAGAAAUAACAGCGAAAACCAGCAGCAGCCACCUUUGAAACAGAGGAGGCUGGUGGAAAUUACACAGUGUGUGUUGACACUUUCAGACACUGAAUGGAUGUCAGUGUUCAACAGCCUUCUCUGGACUUAAACAUGUCAUAAUAUCUGACAAACUGCUCAAAAGAAGGCAUCAACCAGAUUAACACAGAGUACAACCGCUAUCGUCUUCAGUAAAGUUUCAGCAACAUCUCAGUUGGAUGUUGCACAUUGGAUGACUCAAAAUAAAAAUCCGCUUCAUCCUCCAUAUUCAGAAGUCCUAUUUUACGACAAACAAAACAUGCUUCUGUUCAUCACAAACACAUCUAACAUAUCUCUGUUAUUCAAUUUUAAGGCAGCAGUGAGAGUCAAGGUGAUUUCUAUUGGAACGUUGCUACAGCUGACAUGCUAAUCAUCAACCAUGCUCAAUGAGUGACUGACAUAGGGCCCCAAACUCCCACAUUCACCAAAUGCUAGUUGCUUUUGGGUGAUUGGAUUAACUGCUAAUUUGUGGUUUUGCACCACUAUAGUGCAAUAACGACUGGAUCCUGAACUAUUAUGUAAUCUUCUGGCCUUAUCUUGUAAAGGGGCCGUGUGUCAAAAUCUAUGUCUAAAAUCUUAAUUAUUUAAUUUAUAUCAUGCUCGCAUGGUGUAUAAUCCUAAAUAAAGUGGUGUUUAAUCAGAUAACUGUAAUUCAAAUCAUCUUCAAUCAAAUCUGUCUUUAAGGGGAAAUUGGACGCAACAGACAGCUAAUGUUAACCCCAAAUAUGUUAAUGCAGCCUCGGUCACAGAUAAAACUGCGUAGAGUAGAAGAACACACAAUGACUACUGGGGAUCGGCACGAGUACUCGAUUUGGACCUAAGUAUUUGUUCAACGUAUAACGUAAGCAUUUUUUUUUCUCGCUAUUCUUAUAAAAGAAAAUAUAAAUAUAAACGUAAAUUGAACCUCUUCUUUAUUUAAGGUUUACAUUUUUUUGGCAGGAUGUAGUGAAGUAUUUGCUAUCUAUGAAUAUCUGCACGGAUCCAAACAGAAGAAAUUGUAGAUAACCGCAGAUAACGUUGAAUAUUUUUAGUCUGACAUCCCUUGAGCUGACGUUACAGGCAGAAUGUUGACCAGGCAUAAGAGUAAUCUCUGAAAGUAUUUCAACAAAAUAAACAAAAUCAAUGUGCAGUGCAAGCUAUGUAAUGUUAAAUUUGCGUAUCACAGCUAUUCUCUACAGUCUAUACAGCGCAGAAAGGUAGGCUAACCCUAACCCUAUGUUUUUCUUUCACAGUACUCCAAUGCUUAAUAAUUUGACGCAAGUACUCGAAAAUAGAAAUUACUUAAAAUCCCCAUCCCUAUUGACUCUGUACCGUCCCAAGGCUUGAGUACGGGGGAUCAAGUGUGAAGUUUGAGCCCAGCCUCGUUGGUUUUUGGCAUGAUAUCUGAGCAGGACCUGUUUCGGUAAAACCACUAACGUGUCAGGAUAAAGCAUCGUAAGGAAUCCACUCUGGUUACAGCCUUUACUUGCUGUUUACUUCAAUAGGCUUGGAACAAUAUGUGUUUGUUUCUCUGUGGAAAGAAAAGAGGAGGGGGCCAGCCAGAGAUGAGCCCCAUCUCUCUGAGCCCAAAUCAUAUCCAUACCCUCAUAUCAUUCAAAUAUUCAAAUAGUAAACUUUUUUUGUCCUCUGUUAGCUCCCCCCUCCAGCUCAAUAGCAGAUGAAGUUCACUAAUGAGGUUAUGAUUUUUCCUCUGUUGUUUGCAUGGCCUGAUCUAAGUGGAAAAAAGGGUUUCAAGCAAACCUGAUACCUCGUAGUACACCUUCAGGCUGAGCAGAACCAUUGCUAAUUCUCUAAACUGAACCACAUUCACUGUCCUUCUGGGCAGGUACGAGAAGCAGGGUGCAGGCUGUAACCUGUCAGCACAGCAGAUCACCCCAGAGUCCUCCAAAAUUACAUCCAGUUCUACUCUCCGACCCAAAAUCCAAGGCAUAUGCACAGUCCUAAAUGUAAAGUACAUAUCUCUGACUUAAACUGAGAGGGUCUCCUUGCAAAUAUGGACAUGGGGGCCCCCUGUGCUCGAGCUGCGGGGUUGGACGGAGGGCGAGCCGCGAGGGCGUCUGCUGUGUUCCGGUGUUCUGGGAAAAGGACAGUGCACACAGCUGCGCUCAGGGGGUAAAUGCAAAACAAACAUGCCUCACACAUGCUUCCCCCUCAGCUGUCAUGGCUCUGCUUUCAAAGAUUCUCCCCCCUCCUCAAUACACACAUUGCUCUAUGCCUCUCCCUUUGCUCACUUCCACUAACGUCCACUGGCUCAAAGCUGCAGCCCCCCGUUUCGCAGGGUCCGAGGCACAGCCGCACGGCCAACCCAGGAAGGCUUUUUAAUUAACACUGAGCCAUGUGGAGGCAGUGGACUACGGUAUUGUGUGUCAGGACAGACACGGCCGUCUGUUUUCUGGUUGGUUUAACGUAGACCGUUCCUCUGCACAGUGCGCGCAGACAUACUGGCAUUCGGUAGCUCAGGUUUACACAACACAUACUGGUUUCACUCUUCUGUGUAUUUAAGCUUCAUUAUUCAUGGACUGACACAUCUCCAGUGAGGUCUUCUGACACUACGAACCACAAACACUAUCAAUCUACCUGUCCUACAAUCACAUACGGACUGUUAAUGCAAUGUUACAUAAAAAGCCUCUGCCUCCUGUAUGCUGCAUAACUCCAUCCCUGUGCGAUGAAGUCAUCAUCCACUUUUCUCAUUUUCUAAUACUACUGAAGUCAGGCAAUCAGUAUAAGAGUAAAUAUAUGAUAAAAUAUGUGUGCUGUUGUGUGCAUGUACAUUUUUGUGCAUGCAAAGUGGAUUGAAGUGUUAUAAGACUCUUGGAAGCGUUAUUAAUUAGAUGUUGUUUUAUUUUGUGAGACAGUUUAUCGAGUAUUUGAGUGUUAACACUUUUUUUCAUUUGGUGGUAAAAUGGUUUUUCCAGAGUUGUGUUUGAACAUUGUUUUUCCUCUUGAUAUGUAAUUCUUCUUUUUGUUUUUUUGCUCCAAGUUUUGUGGCUUUAAGCUGUCUUUUGAAAUGAGUGUAUGAAUUUACUCAUGCUUGUGUUAAGUUUUGUGUGUGAUUAAAGUACAAUAAGUUAUUGCACUUCUA